CACCUUCGGAUUCGAUGUCCCGUUACCGACUUGCAUUCAACCGCCAUGGAUACCUACGCCUGGGAUGAAAUUCACGCUGCGAUGUUCUCCAUGGGCAGUAACACGUCGAGGGGGUCCAACACGACGUCUGCCUCUGUGCUGGCUCCGCCAAAUUCGGACGGGGCCUCUGACUCUCCCGUCCCAGCCCAGAUAGCCGUAUCAUCGACGUUCGGACCCGACGCCGCAUGGCAGCGCUCCGCCAAUCAGGGCCCCGGCCACGUCGCGUCGCCUCCCGACAUCGCGCUCCUCACAUCGGACCGCGUUAACUUCUACAUCCACUCCAGCACCAUCGACACCUCCAGCCACCGUCUCUCCGGGCGCGUUCCCAGCGUACGUGGGAAGGCGCCGCCGAUCGUGAUUGACGUCCCUGAGACCGCCGCAGUCCUGAACGUCAUCCUUCACGCGCUCCACGGGCUGUCGUGCGCACAGUACUCGCCCUCGCUGGACGUCCUGGUCGAAGCGGUCGAGUGCAUGCUGAGCUACGGCAUGGAUCCCAAGUCGACGGUUGUUCCCUCCACCUCCCUGUUCUCGCUUCUUCUCUCCCAGGCACCUCUCUAUCCCCUGCGCGUGUUUACCCUGGCUGCGCACUAUGACAUCAUCGACCUCGCCGUGCCCACCUCGUCGCAUCUGCUGAGCUUCCAGCUGUCAGCGCUGACAGAUGCUGAUGUGCAGCGGAUGGGCCCGGUGUAUCUGCGGCGCCUCAUGUUCAUGCACAACGGACGUGUGGAUGCGCUGCGCCGCGUGCUCGUGUCUCCUCCGUAUCCCCACCCGCCGACCGCGGCUUGUGAUUUCGCCAACCAGAAGAGCUUGAACCGGGCCUGGGCACUCGCCACGGCCUAUUUGGCGUGGGAUAUCCGCCCCGAUGUGUCCACUGGCGCUAUAGAAGCUGCACUAAGACCUCUUGCGGCCCGGCUUCCGUGCAAAUUGUGUAGGCAGGCGCUCGAUGAGCGAAUAAAAAGUGUGGUCACUCAGUGGUCUGUCGUCAAGCGCACUAUUUGAAGCUGUGGCCCCAGAGUGUAAACCCGACUCAUUCCCAAUCACCUAAAUAUGUAUCAAGCUACACACUGCUUUGGAAUGUCAAUCUGUAUCAUCUACCCCCCCAGUCCCUCUAUGUUCCAGAAGCUGCAACGAUCCAGUGCCUCUUCCGGCGUCCGAUUUGGUGACCGGUUGUGUUCCUGUCCUCCACUGCUGAGCGAGAGAUACUUUUUUUUUUCACGAAAACAAAGACCCUCCGAUUGAGAUAGCAGAUAAAUCCACGGCUCAUCAAUAGCUUCAACCGUCGAGUCCCAAGAUGUUACUUCACCGGGGUUUUGCCGCACAUUCAACAGGAGUGCGUGGAUGGGAGUAAUCAGUUUGUAAGAGAUGAAUUGGAAUUGGGACUCUAGAAAUAAAUUUUUAGUAGUUCUCUACAGAGCCGGAUGUUCA